GUCCGACUUGCACACUCGUUGAAGAAAUGGUGCCGGAGUUUCCCAUUUGGAAAAUAUCAGAAUAGACCAAUAACGUACAUACAUUUUUAACUCGGAGAUACCGAGUUUCCGAGUUGUAUUGAAAGCACCAUAGUGGCAGCAUCUAUCAGUGCGAGCCUGUCUCCACACACACAUAGCGCUGAGAGAGACGCAGAUAAUCGUGAACCGGAGCAUCCAAAUUCAGACCCUUAUCACGGUUAGCGUUUUUCUUAACCAGCCAGUAUGCGAUGAGGUGCGUUCUCUCCGCCCGCUACAGCUGAAAAACAACGAGCAACAAUAGUUCUAAAUAGUGUGGAAUUGUUUUCGCUGCAGUCAUGGUAGGCCUGCUUCGCCCGCUUUUAUUCGGCUCCACACUAUUUUUCCUACUGUCAUGUGAUGCCCUGCUGAGUGAUGGGAUGGGACCACCCACCUUGCUGUCCACCUCCCAGCCCUCUCCUCUGUCCCUCAUGGACCAAGAUGUGGAGGAGCAGCCGGAGAGGAUGACCGUUCCAGGCAGCCCCACCACAGUACCAGGCCUAACCUCCCAGGGACAGGAGUCCUCGGGGUUAUUCAAUGACGACAACAAGCCUCUGCAGUCCUCUGUUCAUCUCUGGGAUGAUGUCAGAGACCAAGUCAACAUCACUGGUCUAGACAGGAAGUCCCUCAGAGGUUACAGUCAGACCCUCUCCCAGACCUCCACCUCUCCUAUGGAGGAACCCAGACAGGGUAAUCACACCUCUCCCUUCAAGGAUGCGGUGGAGAGGCAGGAGCGGGAGCUAUGGGAGAUGGAGAGAGAGUCCAGCGGCCUCCCCCUGGAGGCUGGCUACGGCCAGAACCAGAGCAUGCCUACCACCACCUCCAACACCACCACAUCCAACACCACCACAUCCAACACCACCACAUCCAACACCACCACAUCCAACACCCCCACCUCCAACACCCCCACCUCCAACACCACCACAUCCAACACCACCACCACCCCAACCUCCAACACCCCCACAACCCCUGCUGCUGACCCUCUGGUUCCUGUAGACUCAACCACCUUAGACCCACAAUACGUCCCAGUGUACGGGGGUUCUCAAUCAACUCCUGAAGACACAGUGGAGGUAGACGUAGCAGAUGAGGAGGAGGAGGAGGAGGAGGAGAGGGAGAGUUCCACCCCUGAGCCUGAUGCCUCCACCUCCAGACCAACCCUCCCAGAGGUAGGUGUCUUCCCCAGCCUUGGGCCUCUCCAGUCGGACAACACCCAUACAGAAGACCAGGAGGAGGAGGAGGAAGAGGAAGAGGAGGCAGUGGUCCUUGGAAGACCUAGGAGUGAAUCGGGAAGAGCAGGGAGAGGAGGUGACAUCUCUCCCCUGACCACAGCCCCCUUGGCGUCUCUGGCGCCAACGGUCGAUGUCACGGAGGAUUCAGCGCUCCGUCUGGAGGACGAGGAGAUGUUCGCUGGGAAGGAGAUCCAGGAGAAGGAGAGGAGGCAGGAGGAGGAAAAGAAGCAUGAUGAGGAGGAGCAGGAGGUCAGGCAUGGAGGAAAAGAGCUGUUAACGGAGGCAGAGCUCCUCCGUGGUGCACACUUCUCACAGGAGAUACAGCAGGUGAUCUGUGUGGACUGGAGCGAUCUGGCUGGGAAGGGGUACGUCAUCCUCAACAUGUCAGACAACGUUGACUGUGAUGAGUUCCGUGUGGAGAGUGGAGACCGCCUCUUGGAGCUGCUAGAGACAACCUUCUCUAGGAAGAUGAACAGUCCUCAGGGCUCCUGGCUCAUCUCUCUCUCUAAACCCACCAGACAGGACCACCAGCUGCUCGUCACGCUGGCCAACGAACACGGAGUUAUUGCCACCAAGGAUAUGUUGUCAAUGUUAGGCGAAAUCAGGAGAGGUUUGCACGAGAUUGGUAUCCAGAACUACAGCAGCGCUAACACCUGUCACUCCAGGCCCAGUCAGACUCGUAGUGACUACGGGAAGCUGUUCGUGGUCCUGGUGAUCAUAGGUUCUGUCUGUGUGGUCAUCAUCGCGUCUGGUCUCAUCUAUAUCUUCUGGCAGAGACGCCUGCCUAAGAUCAAGACUAUGACUCGAGGCGAGGAAUUCCAUUUUGUGGAGAACGGCUGCCAUGACAACCCUACCCUGGAUGUGACGAGUGACGGGGGGGGGCAGCCAGAGAUACAGGAGAAGAAACAUCGCCACGCCAACGGACUGACGGCUGGGUCUGGGGGGGAGGGAGGGAGUAGUGGCUGGCAGGUCCUGGUCAACAAACCUGGAGUGAAGGAAGAGGAUAAUAUGGAAGAGGAUACACACCUUUAGUAGAGAGAAGAAGAGUGGAAGAGGAUAAUAUGGAAGAGGAUACACACCUUUAGUAGAGAGAAGAAGAGUGGAAGAGGAUACUAUAGAAGAGGAUACACACCUUUAGUAGAGAGAAGAAGAGUGGAAGAGGAUAAUAUGGAAGAGGAUACACACCUUUAGUAGAGAGAAGAAGAGUGGAAGAGGAGAAGGUAGCCUGGAUCCAGAUCUGUUUGUGCUGUCUUGCCAACUUCUAUGGUCACUGUCACAUUUGGCGUGGCAAGACAGCACAAACAGACCUGGGAGUCGGACUAGGCUAGAAAAGAGAACUCAAGAUGAAGACGCAAAACAUCAGUGUUGUGAAACUUGUGAAUGCAUCGGCUGUCAAAUUAUACAGAGCAAAAAUAUAAACGCAACAUGUAAAGUGUUGGUCCCAUGUUUCAUGAGCUGAAAUAAAGAUCCCAGAAAUGUGCCAUAUGCACAAAAAGCUUAUUUUCCUUAAAUUUUGUGCACAAAUUUGUUUAUAGUCUAGUGAGCAUUUCUCCUUUGACAAAGUAAUCCAUCCACCUGACAGGUGUGGCAUAUCAAGAAGCUGAUUAAACAGCAUUAAAUCAGCAUUAGAUCAUUAAACAGGUGCAGCUUGUGCUGGGGACAAUAAAAUGCCACUCUAAACCAGAGCUCUUGCCAGAGAAUUGAAUGUUCAUUUCUCUACCAUAAGCCACCGUCAACGUCGUUUUAGAGAAUUUGUCAGAAUGUCCAAUCGGCCUCACAACCGCAGACCGUGUGUAACCACGCCAGCCCAGGACUUCCACAUCUGGCUUCUUCACCUGCGGGAUCGUCUGAGACCAGCCUCCCCGGACAGCUGAUGAAACUGAGGACUAUUUCUGUCUGUAAUAAAGCCCUUUUGUGAGGAAAAACUCAAUCUUUUUGGCUGGGCCUUGCUCCCCAUGGCUGCGCCCCUGCCCAGUCAUGUGAAAUCCAUAGAUUAGGGUCUAACGAAUUAAUUUCAAUUGACCGAUUUCCUUAUAUGAACUUGUAACUCAGUAAAAUCGUUGAAAUUGUUGCAUGUUGCAUUUAUAUAUAUAUAUAUUUUUUGUGUUCAGUACAGAAAGACAAAGUAUAGUAAUCAGAAGUCACUUAAACAACUUUAUUAAAGCUACUUAGACGUUUUAUCAAUUGGCUAUGAUUAUAUGAUAUGGUCUUGAUCAUCUACUCUGCUUUCCUUUUUUUUUUUGUCAACUAAGCAUGAUUCGCAUCUAUUACUUAACACUGUACAGCGACAGGGACUUUUCAGAAUGAGGAAACAUUGAUGUUGAAGCGAAUAGAGACGUUAUCCCUCUGUUACGUGUAUAAAUGUUCGUAGUUGAACUACUGAAGUUAUUAGAAAUAUUGCAUUUAGUUUAACAUGUUUGAAUGCAGAGUUAAACGCUUUGUGCUCUUCUUUUAUUACGUAAAGUUGGAAUGCCAUCUCUGUAUCUGAUCUGUUCACACUGAUCGUAGUUCAAAGCCACACGAUCAUUUGGAAGCAUCCGUUAUACCCAGCCUCCUUACAAUCGAGACUGAGUUUGCCAAAUAUCUAGCUUGGUUGCCUGAUCUGAUUGCUUUAGCAAGUCAUCUCUGGCUGCUGUGGCACGGUAACAAACAAGGGAUUGGCUAAAGCACAAUCACCUCUGGUAACCAGGCUGCAAAACAACUGAGGGCUGUCAUGGUAACAAACAAGGGAUUGGCUAAAGCACAAUCACCUCUGGUAACCAGGCUGCAAAACAACAGAGGCUGGCCAUAUUUAUGAUGCUUCCCUUUGAUAACCCCCCCCUACAAUUUUAUAAAUAUUUAUAUAUAUAUAUUAAUUUAUCAUAAGCACAGCGAAUAAUGUUUUUGGCUCUUUACUGUAGAAGGCAUGUAAAUAUGAAUGUAAUGUCAUGCUGCUAGUAUUUCUGCUGAGGCCCUGAAGCUAAUGACAUACUGUGGUUUAAAUAUAUCUUCUCUGCCUUGACAGUAUUGUCUCUGCAUCAAAAUGGUGGGAUAUGUGUUUUUGUUUUUAGUCCGCAGUCAGCUAUAGAGCUCAGAUCUUUUUUUUGAGAGAAAUCAAUAGCACCAAGAUGGUUCACAUCUCUCAUAGCGUACACUGUGCUUAGCCGAGGAGUGUUAGAAACGCUUAAAUCCGUAAAUACAAGCUAAGUGUGUGUGUGUGUGUGUGUGUGUGUGUGUGUGUGUGUGUGUGUGUGUGUGUGUGUGUGUGUGUGUGUGUGUGUGUGUGUGUGUGUGUGUGUGUGUGUGUGUGUGUGUGAAAUCAUCCCAAAGAAUAGUCCAAUCUUAUAUGGUAGUGAUAAGCUACUAAACACAGGGGGUUGGUAGCACCUUAAUUGAGGAGGACGGACUCAUAGUAAUGGCCUGAAAAGAAGAAAUGGAACAUAAAAAAGAAAAAAAACACCUGGUGUUUGCCCCCGUUCCGUUUACUCCAUUCCAGACAUUAUGAGCCGCCCUCCACCUCUGCAAUCUCCUGUGGUACUAAACUAACGCUUUAGUUGAGGGAUGGAUGGGAUUGGAUGGAGGAAUGGCUGGAUGAGAGGAAGAGAGAGUGGGAUGGCUGAGGGGAGGGAGGAAUGGAUGAGAGGGGUGGCUGGAAGGAGAGUGGGAUGGCUGAUGAGAGGGAGGGAGGGAGGGAGGAAUAACAUCUCCUGUUUUGUUUUAUUUUGCGCUAGACAAGCAGAUAGCCACAAUGUGCUCUUUAAAAUCUGUAUAUAUAUAUUUUUUUGUUGUGUGUUAUUGACUUGUUAAUUAUUUACUCCAUGUGUAACUCUGUGUUGUCUGUUCACACUGCUAUGCUUUAUCUUGGCCAGGUCGCAGUUGUAAAUGAGAACUUGUUCUCAACUGGCCUACCUGGUUAAAUAAAGGUGAAAUAAAAAAAAAAAAAUCUGUAUUGGACAGUUGAACUCUCCUGGGUUGUGUUCAUUAGGCAACAAACGGAAGAAAACUGACAAUCAGGGAAGGACUACUUGGGAUCUGGUCCAAUAACAAACGUUCGUAAAUUUUUUUUUUUUUUACAUUGAGUUCCCUAAUGAACACGACCCAGGAAAGUUCAAGAGUAGGCUCUGAUGUUCUGGAUUGGUGGGUCUGAACUCGGUCUCUUUUGUCAUUAUUAAUGGGAAAAAUCUCACUUGAAAAUGUUUUAGUCCAGGACUAGGCUUGUUGGGAAACCAGCCGUAGGUCUGUGUGUGGGCAGCUCCGUAGGUCUGUGUGUGGGCAGCUCCGUCGGUCUGUGUGUGGGCAGUUCCUUGUAUUGCUCCUGCGCCAUUGUCUCUAUCAUAUGAGCUGCUCAGUGGUGUUAAAAUGUCAGGUUUCUCGUAUGUCAUUUGCAUAAGAAUUAUCCCCAGGUUCCAUUGCUAACACCGAGUGAGAGUCGGCUAGAGAGAAGUUUAGAAGUAUAUGUUAUUGAUUUUAUAAAUGUUCAUUAUUUUGUGUUUAACUUUUUUUUUUAAAUUUCAUGUUAGUUUAAAUUUUUCACUGUUUUGUUAUGUAUCAUGUAAUGUAUGGAAAAAAAAUAAACAUUUGUGAAAUGCUG